AACCCCAUUUACUAAACACACCCAAACUGUCCAUCACCUACAAGCAGCGCUUCUCGACAGUAGCUCCAAGCUAGAGACUGUUUUUACCUCCGGCGAAAUGGCUACAGACGAAGUUAAAACCCUUUCAAACCCACCAAACGACAUCGUUUCAGGCACGAGCGACGACGACGAUAAGCCAAUACUAAGCUCCCAUGCUUUAGAAGCACUAAAAGAGUUCCUCCAAGAACAACAAAACCAUACUGAAGAUCACACUAACGACAAUGAGGACGUUAAAUUAGUCACCGAAGAUUGGAGACUCAGUCAAUUUUGGUACGACUCGUCAACAGCAGAAACCGUCGCUGAAGAAGUAAUUGAAUUGUUAAAGAAUGACAAUGAUUCACAAAACCCUAAUUCUAAAGCUGCUGUUUGCAUCGCUUGCCCUACUCUUUAUGCUUAUAUCAAGAAAAUGGAGGGGGGUGGUGUUAGAGUGGAGUUGCUGGAGUAUGAUAAAAGAUUUGAGCAAUAUGGAACUGAUUUUACAUUUUAUGAUUAUAAUGAACCUCUUGAGUUGCCUUCUCAAUUUAAACAUUCUUUUGAUGUGGUUGUUGCUGAUCCUCCAUAUCUGAGUAAGGAGUGUUUGGAAAAGGUUGCUCAAACAAUCUCUUUUCUUGCAAAACCGGAAAAAUCCCACUUGCUAUUACUCACAGGUGAGGUACAGACAGAGAGAGCAGCUGAGUUCUUGGGGUUGCAUCCAUGCGGUUUCAGGCCUCAGCACUCCAACAAACUUGGGAACGAGUUUAGGCUGUUUACUAAUUAUGAACCUGGAACAAGAUUGGGAGGGUGGGAGCACGAGAAGUAGAUGCUCGCGUGGAUCUGUUUACAUAUGUCGUUAAAUGCUGUACAGGUUUUGAGGAAUUCAAAAGGUUUUACUCCGGUCUAGUUCAUGUAACAGGGGAAACUCCUGGUCAUAGAUCUGAUGCUGAGCUCAUUUUCACUGUGAGAAAGAUUGUAAGCUCAUUUUUUUGAACUGAAGAUGAACUAUAAGUAUAACUAUUGAAUUGAAGCUCGAUACUCGGAACCAAUAGUAAUAGAAUUAUGAAAGACGAAUGAAAUUGAGUGCAGGUUUAGCCUUGUAGAUUCAAAGGCAAGUUCUUGAUCACUUCUGUGUAGAGAUCGAUAUUCUACUAUUGAAACUCAACAGUAGUGCAAGUUAUCGAGGAGGAAACUAUGUCUGAAAUCCUUUUUUUAAAACUGUAAGAAUUAAAUGAAUCAACGCUAACCUAGAUUGUUCUUUCAA